AUUUAUUACAUAUUUAUGCUGUUCCAUCAUAACGUAACAAAUAGAAUUGCGAGAAUAAAAAUCUGUUAAUAAACCGUUACUGUAAAGAAAAGGUUACAUCAAGAAAACAUAUAAAAUGUGUAAUCAUGUAUUCAUCGCAAAAUUAAUUCCAUGGGAUUUAUUAAUGGAGAAUAUACAGAACUCUUUACCUAUUGAAAUGAAAAUACAUUUAUCAACGGUCACGGUCAAGUUAAAAAAUUUUACUGAAAAUAAAAUAAAUCCACCCAUAAAAUGGAUAGAGAAUUCAUUAAUUUUAAUUGAAGCUUGUUUGGACAGAACAUGGGAAAUAUUAAAUUCAGGUUACUGGCAAUCUGUUCCUAUAGAAUAUCGAUAUUGUUAUUCAUUAUGCGUUAUUUUGAAGGCAGUAGUAUUGGAAUUCCAAUAUGAGAGUAAUCCCAGAGAAGCCAGAAAAAACAUAAUGCUAUUGAAAAAUAUUGUUCAACAAGUUGACAAAGGUAUUUUAUUAGGAGCUCCUUUUCCAAAUGCUCCCAUUUUAUUACCAAACAUUGCUUCAAAAUUAAAUGAAACUAUAGAAUCAUUUGAAACAUUAAAUCUUCAAAAAUUAAUUAUAAAUUCUAAAGAUUUGCAUAAUAUUGUAUUGUCAGGAUUUACUGAAAUUACACGAUACAAUGAACCUUCCAUGGAAUUAUUCUAUAAAACUAUGUUUAUGCCUCAAGUUCCAGCAAUAUUAACAGGCUGUAUCAAACAUUGGAAAGCUUUAGAUCGAUGGCAAGAUUUAAGUUAUUUAUCUAAAAUUGCUGGAAAUCGUAUAGUACCUAUCGAAAUUGGAUCACGUUACACGGACGAAGAUUGGUCACAACAGUUAUUUACUUUCUCAGAAUUUUUACAGAAGCAUAUAUUAAAAAAGAAUGAUAAAGUUGGUUAUUUAGCUCAGCAUCAACUUUUUGAUCAGAUUCCCGAAUUAAAAGAAGAUUUUAUGGUACCAGAAUAUUGCAGUUUUACAGAUAAUGAUUCCAUAGAAUCACCAGAUAUAAAUGCUUGGUUUGGACCUGAAGGAACUGUUUCACCUUUGCAUUUUGAUCCAAAACAUAAUUUGUUAUGUCAAGUAUUUGGGUAUAAAAGAGUCAUUUUAUAUCACCCAAAUGAUUCGUCUAAUUUGUAUCCUUAUGAUACAAAAUUGCUUAAUAACACCGCGCAAGUUGAUCCUUUGAGUCCAAAUUAUGAAAAGUGGCCCGAGUUUAGUAAAGCUAAGGGUUGGAUAGGUUAUUUGAAACCUGGAGAAAUGCUUUACAUUCCUCCAAAAUGGUGGCAUCAUGUAACCAGUUUGAGUCCAAGCUUUUCAAUCAGCUUUUGGUGGAAUUAAACAGUACUUGCAAGCAGUGGACGGUAAAAUAUCGCUGAAUUGUACAAAAAGAAAAAAAGGCUGUGAUAAAACCUGUAAAAUUUAUUGACGAUAUUUAAAAAAUUGUAAUAGGAUUAAAGCUGUGAAAGAGAA